ACACCUGUUCCUGAAGUCGUUUCUGUCUUUGCCAAUCGCCAAUCAUUAACAAAUUCAAGGAGCAGUCGACAUUCGUCGGCCAUCAUACAAUCGUGCGAAGGUUCCGUCUGCUGUAAGCUAAGUUCAACGUAGUACAGUCCUUCAUUACUUCCGGAACUUCCGCUCAACAUCGUUUCUUAGAUAUUGAAACACAGCGACCUGCAUACCUCAUUUAUCCCGCUUUUUGCAAAGGAUUCGCUUGUCGACACCUCCGAGUUUUCUCUGUGGUGAAGGCAGUUCCUUUUGUUCGACAACGGAAAGGGUCAUAUUACAAAGGAACAACAGCUACAUUGUCUGUGUAUAUUUCCCUUUCCUGUGCAAAAAACUACCUCCUGCGAAAACAGCCCUCUUUUCAUCUAGCCUAGGCCCGUCAAAUCACUCCCCAAUUGUGAUUUGAUGCAGGAGCAAGCAACCGCCUCGCCCAGCGCUUUGACCACGAAUCUCAUCGGCGGUAUGGGGUCUAACAAACAUCUUGCUACGGGCGAUUCUCAUGGUUGGCCCAUCCAGAGCGCAUCGCCUUCUAUAUUGCACAGAGGCAUGACCCCGACGACAUCGUUACCACCUCCCACAAAUCUGGCUCCUAGGCCUCUGACUGAAAGAGAAAGUCACUUAGUGAAGCACCUGAGCAGAUUGCAGUUCUUUCUUGCCACAGCUCCUACGAGGUGGAUGGGAACGGGAGAGCGCACGAACUCGUCAUUCCAGGAUAAUUCACUUUCCUCUCCUCAUCCCAACUUGAAUCGUUUCCUCUUGCCAAACGGCGAGUAUGUAGCUUGUGUCUUCUGGAAUGGGCUGUAUCACAUUACUGGUACCGACAUAAUCAGAGCAUUGGUCUUUCGUUUUAAGGCCUUUUCCAGGCCUGUACGGAAUAUGAAAAAAUUCGAAGAAGGCGUAUUCUCUGAUCUGAGGAAUCUCAAACCGGGGACAGAUGCUUGUCUUGAGGAACCUAAGUCACCUUUCCUUGACCUUUUGUUCCGCAAUGGCUGUAUUAGGACGCAAAAAAAGCAAAAGGUAUUCUACUGGUUCUCGGUGCCUCAUGAUCGAUUGUUUCUAGACGCCCUGGAGAGAGAUCUCAAAAGAGAGAAAAUGGGGUUGGAACCAACGACGAUCGUAGUGGGUGAGCCAGCACGGAGUUUUAGGUAUGAUCCGAGGCGAAGCCUGUUCGAACAGUUCGCGGGCAAACAACCUGGCUUAGAAGAAUCUGUCAACUCAAGCACUCGUGAUACCCCAGCAGAGCAGUUAGCGAAUCAUGAUCAAGGUGCAACGGUGCCCAAAACACCCCUUAUUUUGCCUCCUAAUAAUCUUAUUUCGUCAUCUUCCUUGCCAUCUUCUAUUAUCCAGAACAACAGCAUCAUUGUUAGCACCCCACCGUCGCCCGAAAAUAUCCUGAACAACACUGAAGAUCAAUUGAGAUGCCUAACGACAGCCAGCAGCGUGUUGUUUCCACGCUCUUUGUUGAAGGGAAGUCCUGCCUAUAAACAGGGGAGAAGAAAGGCCUUGCGAGAUAACAAGCAGAGCACUCGGCAGGACAGCGUCACAAUCUCCGAUUGCGACACCGGAGAUGAUGAAAGUGGGUCUGAAAGCGAAAGAGCAGGCCGAGUCGAAAGAAAUGGUUUCGAGAGGGAUCUAGCCUUAACAUCACAAUCCUCAGCACCUACCCUUAAUCUAUCUGAAGAUAGUCAUGCGACGAUGGCGAUCACCGCGUCCGAGUCGACCAGGUAUAUCUCAUUUCCCUCCUUACAGUCAACCUCGGGAACCACCCUUUCGAGCCACGAACUGCCGUCUCAGAUGUUAUCGCGGCAGCCGUGGGCAACCAACAUUAUACCUACCACUGCUGCUGCGACCGUCGAACAGUUAUCUGCCAAUUAUGAUCAGUUGUCUGCCGCAAAUGCAUUCAACAUGGCUCCAAGGUUGUCCUUGCAGCCUCUCGGGCCUCUUAUUCCGGGCAGACCAGUCUUGCAGAACUCGACAGUAAAAGGGUUCAGCUGUCCUCUUCUUUCGUGUGGCAGACUAUUCAAGCGGCUUGAGCAUCUCAAGCGCCAUGUUCGAACACACACCCAGGAAAGACCCUACGAAUGCUCUCGAUGUGCCAAACGAUUCAGCCGCAGCGAUAAUCUUACACAGCAUUACAAAACGCAUGAGAGGCAAGAUCGUGGAGGGAGAGAUAGGAGUGAACGCAUGAAAACGGAGGCUUCAGAAGGCGCGGAUGAUGAUAUAACCACGUACCUCGAAGCUCAAGUGGAUGCCAUGGCGGGAAGUGCCCAUGUAUAUGCGACGGCAACAGAUAGUUUCGUGAUAGGGGAAGAGUCCAAAUCGAGUGCGGUCAGCACGGAGGUAUCUCCACCCAAUCGCGGUAACCAGACAUCUAUUUCCCUGUCUUCAGCUUCUUUGCUCGGCAGCCACGUUACCAAUGAUAUUUCAGCGCAUUUCCUACCAGCCGGCGCGCCCCAUGGUUUACCAGUUGACGUUGAAUGGCCAAGACUGGGAGUACCACUUAAUGCGAUUUCCGUCGGAGAAGCAACCCAUGAUACCUUGAACCUAAUAAAACGUCAUCGAUCAAUGACACCCAGCCUUCCUCCGUCGGGCCGCAUUAUUGGGUCGACCAGAGCUUUACACUCAUCACCAUAUCGCAAUAACCCCCUUUAUAAACCAUAUAAUCCAUAUAACCCAUAUUCGACCAAUGCAGCCAUACCAAAUGGUCAUUCUUUUACACGUGCUGCAUCUUUGGAUCCAUCGGUAUUCCAAGAUCGAGCUGCGGUUCUCAGCCAUUUUGUAAGCAGCAAACAGCAUACGCCAUCGCAGACCAUCCCAGCUAUGUGUUCUGAUCGUAACCUGUAUACUACUCCGGAGGACCUCCCUGCACAUCCCGUAGGGGUUGAUGCUCGGGAGAACGCAAUCUUUAUAACCGGGGGGGGCGAAAGUAGACUGGCCGCCUCUUCAGGACACCAAACUGAUUAUCAGCUAUCGAAUGGGCUGGGCGAGGCUAGUUGGGAGAUGAGGAUGAGAAAUGAUUCCGUACCUUAGUUGCUCUACAUAACCACAUCUUUUUUGGGCCAUAUCUACUUCGGCCUUGAAUGAUGACCAGCCCUGUUAAUAUUGACUUGAUAAGUGGUUUUCAUAAGUUGCGACGUUAUUGAUAUACGGUUAUAUAUAUGUCAUUGGUUCGAAUUUAUCAUUUUGAACUUAUACUGAAGAGGAAAUUGACUGAUGGAAGAAGGAGCUGAGGAAGGUAGAGGAAGCAGCUGACACGAGGAUGUCUUUGGUCGGAGGACUGCAGAAGCUGGAACUUGGCCGGUGGAAAUGAGGAGAGGAAGUGUAAAUGACUCCAAGUAGGACUUGAAUGCCAGCCCAUAUUAUACAAAACCGGAGCCGUUCGUGAAUCAAAACGAACCCAAGCUCAAAAAAGAAAAAGAAAACAGAAUGAAGGACUUGGGAAGGUAAACAAACGAGUUACUGGAGAAUUCUUCUUUGAC